AUGGAUCCAGCCUCAAGAUCUCCCGAGCUUCUAGAUCGCGCUGCCUCCGCUGAAGCAAGCACGACCCGGCCAAACCCAUUUGAUGACAGCGAUAUCUCGUCUCGCAAACGCCGGCGCACUUCUCUCUCCGGGUCUCCUGCAAAUUCUCUCGAUGCAACAAAUCCCAUUCACGACUCCUCCAGCUCCACCACUCUCGACACCGAUCCUGCCUUGCCUCGACCUGGCUCAGCUGCGGACUCUCCAACAGUUCCUGUUGCGCCUGAGACCCCCGAGUCAGGCUCUCACAUUUGUGAUCCUCCUACAGAACCUCCAUCCAGCAUGGUCACUCUCAACCUCAGAAAUGCGACCCAGAAAGAUUCUUCUUCGUUACCAUCUUCCCCAACUACUGCGGCUCGGCCAGCUGUGACUGAAAAUUCGACUUAUGCUGUCAGCGGCAAUGUUCAAGAGAGUGUUGAAGACUCUGAGGUCGACAUGAUUCAAGCUCCUCAAGACGAUGAUAUCUCACGGCCAAGUUCCUCGCAGUCUGCAACCCCGCCAAUCGAGGUUGUCUCCAUACAAUCUGAUGAGGAUAUGAUGUCCGACUACCAAAGUACUGGUCUUUCCUUGGUCGAGAGUGACCUUGUAGCAAUUGAUCCAGUUAAUGAAUUUCCUUUCAAUGAGCCCAAUGAGUCACUGGAAGGAAUGGCGGCGCGGCUCGCAAACUACCUUGGAGCACAAUCCUCAAUCGAUCCAUUGGUCAUUCAUAAACUGCAGCAAUGGCUAGACCAAUAUCUCGAAUACACUGGGAAUGUCGGUAGACAAACAGCAAUGAGAUCAUGCCGUCUAAACGUUCCUUUCUGGGCCACCCUCCCACGCAUCAUUCCAGCAAUGGCUUUCCGCCGACCUCCACUUUACGAAGACGAAACACUUGGGGAACUCAGUAAUGCUUUGUUUGCAAGUUUCGCCAAACUAUCAGCUUGGUUGGUCGGGCAAGACAUCCUAGCCAUCAAGGAAUUCAUGGUAGAUCAGGAAUCGCAGGGACGGCAAAUACCCGAACUCUUGUCUCCGAUUUAUCUUCAUCAUCUCCAUUCGAUAACCAUACCACCGCGACUCAGCGACAGUCAGGCCGAUCAGGUUGCAGUUAUGUCCUCGUACUUCGUCAGAACCUAUCAAAAAAAUUCAAGUGGAAGCAUUGGCAGUCUUUUGCAGCUGACUAGAAGCUUGGCAGAACUCAUUCCUAGUUAUCCUCGUUUGACUAACGAUUUGGCAUCGUUUUGCCAAAUGGCGUCGGAUAUCAUGUCUGACACUCUCAACCCACGCAUUCCUAACAAUAAUUCGAUCUUCAAACAGGAACUCGAGAACGGAUUCGCUCUGUACGAACUAAUUUGUAGGAUAUUUGAUGAUAUGAUCGAGAAAAAGCCCUCGCAACUAUUCGCGGAUAACAUCCUCAGGGGUGUUUCGGCUUUGUCAGAUAUGAUCAAGACAGUCCUCAGAUGCGGCCUCCCUAUUGCAAGCCGUCUACUUCAAGAGCACCAAAAAUCCUUUCCUGCAGUCUCCCAAGACUACGCUAUCGAGGCAAUUGCUCUCAAGCGUCGCUUUGAAACCUUCAUCAAACUCCUUCGGUCGAGCCAGAUGCAACUUCGAUUUCAAGGAACGACACAAAUGUGCAGAGAACUUGUCGAGUGUUGGAGAAUUCACUCCGAGCAAAAUGACAACGAUAGCCCAGCUUAUAUUGAACAUAUUGCCGAGUAUUUAAUCGGAUCCGGGUUCAUCAACUACUUUCUAGGCUCUAAUUGCCACCCUGAGAUUACCGUUGAGGGCGCCAACAUUGUCGGGUUCAUAAUAGUGACCAGGAACUAUCGCAAGGAGCAUGUAGAUAUGAUAUGGCAAGGGAUCACGUCUGGAGAAGAUCCUCGUACAGUCGACGCCCUGGCGCGUAUGGUGAUUAAUAUUGCCCAUCUCUUUGACAUCGAAGGCCUACUGGCUCUUUGCGAAAAGUUCCAGACACUCCCUAUAGAUGCCUUUACGCCCACUAUCCGAUUGCUUUGGGAACAUGUCAUGAAAUCUAUGACAGAGAGGCUUGCAAUAGAGCAGCCCCUUGGAAUCCAGCCUUACAGCCUUUGUCUGCGGCUGUUGAGGGAGUCCUCUGUCCCCACAGGCGGAUCGCAAUCCGUGUCACCUGAAAUGCAGCAAGCAACAGUGCAUAAACUCCAGGAAUUGUUAAGAUACGGACCGACCCAUGAAGGACGAGAACAAUUAUACCUGAGCUGUCUUGAAGAUAUUGCAAACAAGUCUGCCACCACCCUAGGCAGUCUUUUCUUUCUCUCCAUAACGAUCCGGUCAAGAGUUAUGGCCACCGAGCUACAUGAACUAGUGGAAGAACACGACUUCACGAGACUUCUUGUAGAAGAAUUGGAGCAUGCUAUCAAGGUCGGGCGAGCAAUGGAUGCUCAGAUGGUACUCGCCUCGCCCAUUUACCAGCCUCGAAGGGAAUUCAUUGCCGUCAUUAUCCAAUUGGAACCACAAACCAUCACUCAGGAGCUCGGUUUCAAACUCUGGGAGAUGCUUGUCGGUUCUCUCUCACUCUCAGUGGAAGACAGGAGAGCCGGGUGGGACAUACUGAACACUCUCAACCGGGGGGGCAACUUUGACAUUCACACGAAUCAUUUUCUCCGGACUUGUCUACUUCACUUUCUCCCAACUCUUUCCACUGAGUAUUUCUGUGAAGGUAUGCUGGAAUUUCUUCUAGCCGAGAUCAUGCCCCGUCUCAAUGAAAAAUCGGACCUUGCGCUCGAUGACCAGGAAGCGGUCAACAAAAGUGGUAUUGAACAAGUUUGGCGCAUCGCUCUUGAAGCCGAAGAUGAAAAUUUGGCUGAAAGGUCUCUCCGAGUCCUUACAAAAGAUAUCUACAUCGAAAACGAGUAUAUUUCCUCCGGCCCCGCACAGCGAACGCAGUUGAUCCACCUAGCUCUGGUUGGCCGAUGUUUAAACCAGUUGAAAGUUGCCGCGAAAGACCUAGAGGCCUUGAGCUGUAACUCUCAAGGUGGUGAUGAUGGGGACAUGGCAUUUGUUACCAAAGGUCAGAAGUUACGAGGAAAAGAAAGGAUAUUUGUCCGUUCCUUGAAGUUUCUGCGGUACAUGCUGGAUGCUCAUCGUUCGAAACCACACUUGUCCACACCCGACUUGAGAACGUUGAUUUCUCAAGCACCAUAUGCUGUUCAGGGUGACUCAGCGGAACUCAAGUAUCAGUGUUUUGAUGGCAACCAGCAGACUGACAUCAAACCACUUUUGAUUGGAAAAGGAAAUACUGCAGCUUCCUUGCUCGCCAGCCUCCGUGAAGAAACCGGAUUCGAAAACUAUCGGAUCUACUAUAGAGGCCAGCCAUUCCUACCACGUGAGACCGACAUAUGCAAAUCUCUCAAAGAUCUCCGCGUGCAUGACGGUCUUAUACUGGUCAGACGUGAAGAAUCUGGUCCAACUCUCUCUAAUCGGGUUACACCUGGUGCUUCCUCGCUCGAAAUUGAAAUCUCUGCUCAUUUUGAUGAGAUAUGGGAAUACUUGAGCAUGAAAGAUUCACUCGCAGAAGAAAUCUUCACCUUCCUCACCCAACUACCGACAGACGGCCGUCUCUCGAAGUUGAUCGACAACGAACCAGCGACGUACAAAGAUGUCUUCCCGCCAGGGCAGCCUUUCAAGUCACUUUACGCUGUACAUGCGUUGCUCAAGUAUAUCAAAACUCUCUCUAGUAACAUUAACAGUGAUGGCAGUCAGAACGACACAUUUUCGCCUCGUUCUGUCUCGUACUUUAAAGCUCUGAAGACAGCCAUGUCCUUGGUUGUACAUGCUAUCUCAGACAAGGACGUCUUUGAACAAGCAUCAACGUUCAUACGACUAAAGCUCACAACAAGCUUGCUUCAAGCAUGCAAACAGUUUCAUGAGAGAAUUAGCGCCUCAGAACCAUCGGCCAUGUCGAAGAGUCUGGUUAUACCAGAUCCAGAUCGACUGGUCGAAAUCCUGUUGUAUGCCGCAGAUUAUCCUGGAGAGGCGCCUUCAUUUGCCGUACACUUGGCACUUCUUCUUUGUCAGCGACUAAGCGCCGUGGACAGCCAAUUUUGGACAAAACUUAGCACAAACCCAGGCUUUGGACGAGUCCUACGCUGUCUUCUACUAACCGAUCACCGUCAGGCCAUUAGAGCACGUUCGAUCAAGGUUAUCCAAGAGUUCUUCAAUGUUGUAGAGCAUGCAGCUACCGGUCAUGCUUCCAUCAGCACCCAUAAUGGUUCAGUAGCAACAUACUUCUGGGUCGUCACCAAAGAUCUCAUAUCGGAGGCAGCUAGCUUUCCGCAUCAGUGCGAAGAGCUAUUCCGUUUAGCUUACUUCCUGCUGGCCAGAAUCAGCAAGCAAGCGCCUGAAGUAGUGAACAUUGCAACGCUGGCGGCUAAAACCAGCCAACUUCUGCUAGAGCAUACAACAACUGAGACCAUAGAAUCGCCCGAUGUCGAAGAUAUAUUAGCAAGAGGCUCAGCGUCUCUCUUGCAUCUUUGUCUGCAGUUGGACGCCACUGUUGCCUUAUUUGAGGUACUCCCUAGGAACCUUGCUACGUCAUUAUUCUGGAAGCAGUUAUAUCCCAGCAAGUGUCUACCAGGCGGAAAGUCUGUGCCUAAAGUAAUCCUUAAUGGAGAAACUCGGUCCAAGCUUUGCGAAGUGGUGUCCUAUCUUGUAAAGCAUGACCGAGACGAGUUUCAAAUGGUUCUAGAAGGACUUGGCCAGCAAGUGCCAUUUUAUCAAGAUGAUGAAGAUAAUCCAUACCUAUACGAGCUAUCCUACCACUUCGAGCGGUCCAGAGCACUCCGUGCUCCAUGCGGCUACGCAGGACUGCAGAAUUUGUCCAACACCUGUUACCUGAAUUCAUUGAUGACGCAGCUAUAUAUGAACACUGGUUUCCGGUGCUUCGUGCUCAGUUGCCGCGUUCGCUACCCUGAAACUAACCAGCAACUCCUUGACAACACCCAGAAAUUAUUUGGCCAUAUGCAGGAGAGCUACCUUCGCUAUAUUGACCCGACUAACUUUGUUAAUUCCAUCAAGACAUACGAUGACACUCUAAUUGAUAUCCACAACCAAAUGGAUGUCGACGAGUUUUACAAUCUUCUUUUUGACCGUUGGGAGAAUCAGCUUCUCGACCAGGACGAAAAGAGAAGAAUGAAGUCGUUCUACGGUGGACAGCUGGUGCAGCAAGUGAAGUCCAAAGAAUGUGAGCACAUCUCUGAGCGCCUCGAGCCCUUUUCCGCCAUCCAAUGCGACAUCAAAGGGAAAAGCACACUAGAGGAAAGCCUACAGGCUUAUGUGGACGGUGAGAUCAUGGAAGGAGACAACAAGUACAAAUGUUCAACGUGCGACCGCCAUGUUGACGCGGUAAAAAGGGCCUGUAUCAAAGACGUCCCGGAAAACCUCAUCUUCCACCUGAAGAGAUUUGAUUUCAACCUACGUACCCUUCAGCGCAGCAAGAUCAAUGACUAUUUUUCGUUCCCAAGUCGAGUCGACAUGCGGCCAUACACCAUCGGACAUCUCAGUAACCCAGACAGUGAUAGCGAGGAGGAUAUUUUUGAACUAGUUGGUGUGCUUGUUCAUUCUGGUACCGCCGAAUCCGGACACUACUACUCUUUUAUCCGCGAGCGCCCUUCCUCCGCUGAUCGCCCAAGCUGGGUUGAAUUUAACGAUGACAUGGUAACUCCAUGGGACCCAGCGGAGAUGGAACAAAAAACGUUCGGUGGUGCGGAACGUCCUCUCCAUGACCCUAACGGCCUUGUGUACGACAAGAACUACAGUGCAUAUAUGCUAUUCUAUCAGCGCGCUUCGUCCCUGCGUGCUGAGCAGGAAACUAUGAUGAGUCUUAACAUUUCUACACCUCUCCGUGUCGAGGUGCCGGACGAGCUCAAAGAUCAUACCAGGGUCGAAAAUACAGUUAUCCUCCGCCGCCACUGUAUCUAUGACGAGACGAGCACUGGGCUCGUUCUGACACUGUUCCGUCAAUCACUACUGCACUGUGGCCCUGUGGAUGCAACUGUUACUCGCCUGAGUUCUAACGACUUCAUAUGCAAAUUUCAGCAGGAACAUGGGCUCCAGAAUUUGGCCAUGCGAACGCUACUUGGCCAUCUGGACCAAGUUGUCACGAGAACAAGGGACAUUCCAGAUUUCGAUUCAUAUUAUAGAAGUCUGAUGGGCGCGAUCGCAUCUUGCCCUUAUUGUGCCUUUGCAUUCUACAGUUACUUUGAUGAUUACCCCAACGCACUUCGCAUGAUGCUCCAACGCAACCCAGAUCAGAGAGUGCGAAGCUUCACCUGCAAAGCUCUGGUUACUGCACUCAAGAAAAUAGCAGAGGCGUUUCCCAAUGUCUACGACCCACAAGAGUCAUACAGCCCAGUCUCUGGAUCCGAUGAAAAUGAAGACCUUGAUCGGCAUGACAUUUCUCACCGCUCUGUCAUUGAUCGAGUACUGAUUGUUUUCGAUCAUCUUUGGAAGUACUUCCACAUCCACAUCAGGGCUUGGGACGAGUAUUUUGGAGCAAUUCUAGGCUUUGCUGAAUUGGGCCAUCGUGAGACUGGGCGUGUAUUGGCUGCAGACUUUCUGGUAAGGACUAUUAUGAUCAUAUCGGCCGACCCUCUACAAGAACUCACUGGAGUCUGGGACAAAAUGCUUGCCAGUGUUAUUCGACGAAACAAUAGUCCAAAACCCCCUUCGUAUGCAUCAAUCAUUGCCCUUGUCCUGCACUUGAUAAACGAGAUGAAAUGGAAACUUGGGCCUGACGCAAUCGAAGAGGAUCCGGCAGAGCGUCUUACACAAACAGAGCCAUUCAGUUGGACAUCGCGUGAGAUAUCUCUUAUUUUCAGUGGUUUGGACACUGCCUCUCAUGAUAGCCUAUUUGUCGAAAAGCUUCUUGCGCUUGAUCAGGCACCGGCAUCCAGCGACGCUAUCAUCCGCCACUUGGUACAAUUGGAUGACAAAGUUGAUGACCGAGUCCUUUCAACACUGAAACAAUGUCUUCGUGGCGAAACCUCAACGCAGGCUAUGGAUCCGUUCUUGCGGGCUGCCAUUCCCUACAUCGAAAGUACCAACAAUCUCAGCAACGCUUUGGAAAUAGUGCAACAUAUGUUCACACAGGUGAGAAGUCUCCAGAACAAUGAGGGUGUGUUUUUCGUACGCUUCUACAUGGUAGCGGUGAAGCUUCAAAGAGAAGACGAAGAACUUGCCAGGGCAGUUCGCGCGUGCAGCCUUGAGCAAGUGCCAGAAUGGGUACCUUUCCUUCUCGCGUGGCCUGAUCAGCGAGUGCGGGCCACCACAAAAGAGUUUCUCGAUAACGCCCUAUUCGAUAACCUGAAGGAUCGCAGCCCGGUUGACGGUGAGAUUACCCGGUAUGACAGAGAUGCCAUUGAGGAGACGGCAAAGCAGGUCGGAAUCGCAUGUCUCGAGUACCUCAAAGACCACCACGUCCGCAGACGAACCAACGUCGGUCGAGAAAUUGCGACCGAGUUCCUGGAUGUGAUUGAGCAAUGCAGUGCGGUAGUAGAUAUGGACUCAAGUGAGCAGAGUAAUAUAGACAAGAGGUUCCGCAAACUGCAGGAUGAUGUGAUCGAUCCUUUGCGCAAGCUUGUUGUUGAUGACAUGGAAGACGACGGGACCGGUAUGUUACAGUCAUUCAGUGACUCUGAUACAGUCAUAGCAGACUUUUGGUAA